GCCCCUUCCCUGUAUGAUGCCAUCAUACAGGGCACCCCCCUGCCGCCACUGUUGGCCAAACGAACCUGCGCCGGUUAUCGGACUAGCUGAGCCCAAGAAGACCAGAGCGGAACCCAUACCAAGCUCUGCCAGCAGGAAGGGCGAAGCCGCAGCGGCGACGACGAGGAAGCUCCAUCGAUAUCCGUAUCUAGUGACUUUUAGUAUCAGUCAUAGAACCACUCAUCAAAUUGCUCACUCUCACAAUCGCUUCCAAAUGGCAAUCAAACCAAUGUCCCCCACAGAAGAAUCCGCGCACAAGCGCAACGCCUCGGCCACCAGCGCCGUCCAGACUACCCCGCCUCCCGCGAAGCGCUCCUCCGUCACCGCCCUCCCGCCCGCGCGCCGCGAGUUCCCGCACGCUGUUGCCCUUGUCCUCUACCGCGACGGCGGCGACGGCGACACCUCGACGACCACUGUCCUGGGCGCCUACGCCGGUCUUGCGGACGCCAACGCUGAGGCGCACAGGCUGGCACGGGAACAGGGUGUCGAGGCCGCUGGCAAGGACGCCAGGAGCGACAUCACCCCCGCGAGGUGGGACGCCCCCGACGGCGCCUCGUGCUGGGUUGAGAUGCACGCCGUCAAGCCCAAGAGCCUCUUGCCAAAGACUGCGUCGGCCGGCGGGUCCUCACCGGCAGGGCAGCAGCCGCCUAAGAAGCUGUAUGAUGCCGAGGAAGGAGAGGACCCGGACCUGGAUGACGAUCAGGACGAGGGCGGACACUACGACUAGGGGAGGUGGGGGUGUCUUUGAUGCCGUUCGGCUUCGGGCGGGAAUGGGAAUUCGUUUCAACUGGCGUCUGGGAAGUAAACCCCUAUGGCGCUGCGGGUUUGGUAGGCGCAAGGAUUGGGCAGACGGAUGAAUCGUUGAGCGGGAUCGAGAUUCAUGACUCGGCCUGUGGGCUCGAAGUACGCGGGUUUGCUUGAUGACUUUCGCGAGACAA